GAAUCGACCUUUCCUCUCUAUUUCUCACACAAAACGAAACCCUAAAACCGAUUUUGCCACAACACACUUCCCCACUCUCAUUCUGAAGCCCUAAAAUUUGUUCCUCUUCUUCUCCGUCUUUCUUUCCCAUUGAGUAAACUGAGUGGAAUUUGUGAUUGCUGUCUCAAAGCUUUGGAAAACCCCCAAAUCCGAGUUGCGGUAUGUGAAGUACGAAUCUUCAACUAGAAAUUUGAGAAGCUUAAACACGCUGUUGAGGAGGUCGAGCACGUGGUGGCGCUAAUGCUUCUCCUGUGAAGGUCAAAGACGGUGUUGUGACUGUCCUAAAGGAAAGCUACCAUGUCAUCUCUGGGAACUUCCAAAGGGAUUCUAGAAAUUGCCAAGUUUGGUGUGUAUGUGACUGUACCAAUCAUUCUCAUGUACACUUUUGCCAACAAUUCCAGCAANCUCCGCAAGUUCAUGGGAAAUAGGUCAUACAUUGAAUAUCCACCAGAGGCAGAAAGGCCACCAUCACCUGAUGAACUUAGGCAAAUGGCACGGGAGAUUGCCCGUAGGAGGAACAAUACUUGAUUUCCAUGUAGUUGGCCUAAAACUUCUGUUUUGCCUUCAAAUAUGAAGAAAAAUAAAUGAUAUUGGAGAUUCAGUUGUAUCUGUAAUUCAUAUUUUUCAUAUUUUCUAGUUGAGUGGUGUGUUAUUUUUAUUGAAAAAUGACUUUGGGAUUCA